AUGCUGCGUGGCAGCGCGUCUGCCGGCAGCGCACAGCGCCGAAGCCUGACAGAUGGCGACGUAUAUGUGUUUACGCUACAGACCGCAUACCUCGUGUAUCUCGUCGAGCAUGAGUGCGCACCCGCCGCGAGUGGCGCCACAGGCGCGCCCGCUGCGCCCGGCGCGACGCCUGGCACAUCCACGCCACCCGCCCUGUCGGAUGCGCCGCGCCGCUCUUUUGACCGCACAGGCCUCGCCGAGCGUAUGCGUGACCUGCGCCUACCCAGCAGCUCGGCGCGCGAGGGGCGCUUCCCCGAGAAAUUCGUCAAGCGCCUCGCUGAGCGCCUCGAGCGGGUGGCGUCAGGGCGCGACCCGCUGUAUCGCGCGCCGCCCUUUGUCACGACCGCCGAGGCAUUUUUGUCGACGCUUCGCGAUGACAGCGUGCAGAAGCGGUUCAGGGAGCACCGCAGCCUCGAAGAGGUCCUGCUCCAGUUCACGGCGGUGGCGCAGGCGUCGCUGCAGCAGCGCGUGCCCAACGAGGCAGAGCGCCGCGCCGAGCUCGACGCCGAGCUCGAACAAUUCAUGCGCAUUGUGUCCGAGUGCCUGCGUGCGAUACCGACGACCUCGCGCGACGUGCUCGAGCGUCUCGGCGAGUACGAGCAGCGGCUCCUCGGCCCCGGGCGCAGCACGCCGAGCGACGCACACCCCGACGCCGCGCACGCGCCGCUCGUCGCCGCGACGGGCGCCCUCUUUGACGUGGAGCUGCCGCAGCUGCGCCUCGACGUGCAGUCGAUUCGCUCGACCUGCACACUGCCGGCCUGUGUGGUGGAUCUCAAGCGGUGCAUCUACCGCAUCCACACACAGGCCGCGGCCGCCGACGACUUUCUCACGACGGAGGCGUACCACCAGUGGCGCUCGAGCGAGCUCGCGCAGCUCUCGCAGCUCGUCGCCGAGCUGUGCCACGCACGCCCCGACCUGCUGAGCGCAGCGAGCGCGAGCGACAGCUCGUCGCGCCGCCGCGGCUCGCUCGACACUGGGCGCGCUACGCCUGACAUGCCCGCCGACUCCGACACCGAUGAGCUCACGUACAUCCCGCCGGACGCGCCGGCCGCGUACCAGCGGCUGCUAGCGCUGUGCCUGGAGCGCGAUCUAGAGGGGAUCCGCGCCAAGGCGGCCGACGAGGAGGUAUCACUCUCCAUCUUCUCGCCGGUGCACACGGAGCUCCUCGCUACGUGUGCGCUGUGGUGGCGCGUCUCGCCGCCCUUCCGCGGCCUCGCGCGCCUGCGCCUCUUCAAGGCCAAGUACGAUAUGGGCGAGAUCCCGUUCGAGUGCGUCGCCGACGCGAUGGAGGCGCUCGAGCGCGUGCUCGACGCGCAUCCUCUGCCGCAAUGGCGCCAUACGGAGCGGCACCUGCUCGUGCGCCUCCUCGAUGGCCUGCUCGACUCGCUCCUGCGGCUCGUACUCGCUGCGCUGCAGGACACGGAUGCACCGCUGCCGCCCGAGUGUGCGGCGGCGACGGCCCUGGCCGGGCGGGCGCAGGCGCUCGUCACCGAGGCACGCUCCCUCACAGGCACGGCGCCGCCUCCCACGCGCGCUGCCAUGCUCGAGAAGGCGCUCGUGGCGACCGCGAAGCAGCAGUACAAGGCGCAGGCGAAGGCGCUGCUGGCCACGCCGUCCAGUGCGCUGGGCGCACUCGUGGAGCUCGGCGCCUGGCUCGAUCGCACGCUCCGGGCGCUGCAUGCGCGCUGCGCGACGCCUGUGCUGGGGGUGCAGCCUGCGCAGGCCGUGGCGGCGCAGCUCGUGCCUCUGUAUCUCAACGAUGUCGGCGCCGUGCGGGAGGCCGUGUGGCAGCAGGUGCAGAUGCGCCGCGAUCUCAGCCUGGUGAACGAGGCGUGGGACCUGCUCAACCGCGUGCGCGUGCUCCAAGCGUGGCCGCAGGUGCAGACGCCGCCGACGUUUGACCUCGUCACAUGGUUCCGGCCGUACGUCACGCUCUGGCUCGCGCUGAGCGAGGAGCGCACCGCUGGGUGGGUCCGGCGCGCGGUGCACAGCGACUCCUUUGAGCCGGUCGCUGAGGCAGACACACUGCACAGCACGUCGGUGGUGGACCUCUUUGAUGCGCUCGCGCAGCAGGUGCGCGCGCUGCAAGCGCUGGCGUGGCCAGACGCGUACGACCUCGCCGUCUUUUUCUCGCAGCUCGCGCACUCGAUGCGGCGGCUCGUGGAGCUGUACUGCGAGGAGCUCGAGGCGCUGUACAUGGCGGAGAUGACGCCGCCGCCGCCGCUCUCGUCCCCCGCGCUCGCGUUCGCCACCGAGGCGCUCGCGUCGCUGCCGCCCAAGCACGCGGCGUGGGUCGCCAAGGCGAAGCUGACGAUCCAGGGCGAGAAGCGCGUGACGCCUUUUCUGCUGGAGCCGCGCUCGUGCGUCAAGCUGAACAAUAUGGAGCGCGCGCGGCGCCAGCUGGACGUGCUGUACCAGGCGAUCGACGCGGAUCACCAGGCGGCCGUCGUGCAGCAGCACACGCGCGCGAGCGAGGCGACGAGUGAUGCACCGCGGCACUUUGCCGUCAAGAUGGUGCAGGCCGAGCUCCCGGCGCCGGCCGCCGAGCGCGUGCCGCGCCUCGACACGUUCGUCACGCUGAGCGAUGCCCAGGGCGUGCGUCUCGCGCAGACGCGCACCCUCUUUGACACGCCGACGCCGCGCUGGGACGAGGCCGUCGAUGUGGCCGUGAGCGCGCCGCGGUGGAUCUCCGCGAGCGUGUGGCAGCGCGUCACGAACGAGGCGCCCGUGCUCGUCGGCCGCGCGGCGCUGUGUCUCGAUGCGCGCGACUUUGCGGAGCAUGCGUCCCAGGACGUGUGGCUCGAGCUCGACCGCGCUGGCGGGCGCCUCCUGCUGCGCGUGAGCAUGGACGAUGCGCACGACGGCAUCCUGUACGACUUUGGGCACGCGUUCCGCGUCGUGAAGCGCAGCGAAGUCGACAUGGUGCGCGUGCUCGUCGAUCACAUGUCCCUGUUCAUGCGGCAGUUCCUCUCGCGCAGCGUGCUGCGCACGCUCGUGCGCGGCGCGCGUGUCGAGCGCGUCGUGGGCAAUGUGCGCGCGCUCUACGCGUCGGCGCUCGCGCAGGCGGCCGGCAGCAGCGCGAUUCCGCCCGUCGAGUCGGGCGCGAAGCGCACGGCGCUGAGCGACCCCGAGAUGGAGGCGGCGAUCGUGCCCCUGCUCGACUACUUCGAGGAGACGUUCGGCACGCUGCAGAGCAGUCUGUGCGAGCCCGAGGCGCAGUUCGUGCUGACGCGCGUGUGGAAAGAGGUGCUCGUCACGCUCGAGGGCCUCCUUGUCCCGCCACUGAGCGAUGCGCCGAGCGACAUGCGGCCACUGAGCGGGGCCGAGGUCGAUAUCGUGUUCAAGUGGCUGUCGUUCCUGCGCAGCUUCUUCCACGCGUACGACGCCUCGACGGGCGUCGUGCACGGCGUGCCGCUCCGCGUGCUCCAGGGGCCCAAGUACCGCGAGCUGCUGUCCUACCUGCUGCUGCACGACCAGAGCACCGACGCACUGAUGAUCGAGUGUGUGCGCGGCUUCCAGGCGCACCUCGCGUCGGCCGGGCGCGGCGCCGCCCGCACACGCGCCAAGUCCGUCCUGGACCAGCGCUCGCUCGGCACGAUCCGCGCGCACCAGCGCUCCAAGGCCGCCGCAGCGACGGAGAGCGACGACACGGCGCUGCUCACCGACAUGGCCAUGCGCAUCCUGCGCAUGCGCCCAGGCACAGGCGACUUUCUCGCGCAGCAGCUCACGUCGAUGCACUCGCUCUCGACGCCGCCGCGCGGCGCAGCCCUCGGCGCCUCGCCCACGCUGCGCCGCGCGACGCGCCGCCGCUUCGCGCCGCCGAGCUGA